UAGUUAUAUGUGGAGGUUUGGUAAAAAUGGGAGUUGAAGUUGAAGACUGAGAAUAUGAGUGAAAGGAUUAUGACGACAGCAAUGUCUGAGCUCGACGAGAUUGAGCUGGAGGCCGAGGACUUCCACUCUUCACUCCCACUCAAGAAGGUUCCUUACGGUGACGUCUUCGAGGCCUCCCGCGCCGGCGAUGUCGACCGUCUCCGCUAUUUAUUGGACUCUGGUGUCAAUGUUAACGCUCGUGACCAAUGGGACUCCGUCGCCCUCUACUACGCCUGCCUCGCUGGCCAUCUUGAUGCCGCUCGCAUGCUGCUCGAGAGCGGCGCCAUUUGCUCCGAGCAUACCUUCGACGGCGACCGAUGCCACUAUGCUGCCCUCAAUCUCAAGGUGCGAAAAUUGCUCAAGGCCUUCGAGGCACGACCACCACCGCUCCAACCUUUGCAGGCGGCCCUCAGAGACACUUUCUUGGCCUGCAAAGCCAACCAGGCCUACCUACAAGACCAAUUCAACACCGACAAUCAUAUAAUUCCUCUUUUGCCAGUAGGUAAUUCAUCAAAUGGAGAAUCCAGUUCCAGCUAUUGUCCCCCUGAUAUUGUAUUUUAUGUGCAAGGAAGACCCCUUGAAGCUCACAGGCUCAUCUUGAGUGCAAGAUCACCAUUCUUCAAGAAAAAAUUUGAGACUGAUUGGAGAGAAAAAAAGGAAGUACGAUUCUCGAGGGAAAAGCUUACUUAUUCAUCUCUUUUUAGCCUUGUUCACUUCUUUUAUUCUGAUAGGCUGGAGGUUGCUGUCGAUGACAUGGAAGAUCUUGUUAGAAUUUGCCGAGUUUGCAAGUGCCACUCUCUACAAAGUCUUCUUGAGAAAGAAUUAGUUCAUCAGAGGCAUGCGGAGUACAAAGCCCUUAGAGACAUAGACAACUCCCAGAAAAGGUUUAUUUUGCAGGGCGUUUCCCUUCCAGAAGAAGAUCGUCUCCCAGCUGCACUAAAUCGCGUCCUGCAGAUCUCUCUUGCUAAUUCCUCCAGAGGACAGAGCCUGGAGAAUAGUAUUGAUGAUAUCAUAUCUCUUGUUGGUACAAUUCAGAUGAGUGAUUCAGAAGAUGAUGUGGCAGAUGUUUGCUUGAGGGUUGAGAAGAAGAUAUUUCGAUGCCAUCAAGUUGUCUUAGCAUCAAGAUCAGAAUACUUCAAGGCAAGAUUAUCCCGAAUGAAAGAUUUUCUUGAGGAAAGGGAUUCUUUACCUGGCUAUAUUCUUCCAUGUCUAGAAGAACAUGACCUGAGUGCAGAGGCUUUUCAAAAAAUGAUAGAAUAUAUGUAUACCGAUAGUCUGACGGAUAUAGACCCUGAUCAGGCUGAAGAAAUGUUUGAUGCUGCUUCAAGAUAUCUAUUAUUUCCUCUUAAACGUGCAGUAGCUGAUGCUCUACUACCCCAACUAGAAACGGUUUCUCCUGCAGACUUAUGUCAUUGGUUGCUAUUAUCUGACAUGUAUGGCGUCUUGAAGAUUCGUGAAUACUGUCUCGAUAUGAUAGCAUGCAAUUUUGAGACUUUUGCUGAAACUCCACAGUUUCGAGCAAUGCUUUUGACUCUGCCACCUCCAUCUGGAGAUUCAGCACUUAGAACUACAAUGCCAAGUGCUCCAGGAGCAGAGGCAAAUGCAACAGAAGGAAAUGUACUUGACGAUUUGCGAGAGAAGUGGCUUGAAGCUGAAGGUGCUGAACUUGACAAGAGAGAUGAAAGUGCACUACUUUUUGACAAGCGGCUUGAGAUGCUCAUGCUUGUGGGCCAGCAAGAGAAAUCUGUUGAGUCUGAAGGUACUGUUGAAUGUUACGAAGGAACUGUCUUCUCCUCCCAAUCUGUUGGCAUGAAGCCUGACGGACUGGAAGAAUAGAUUCUUAUUUUUUCUCUUUGAGUCUUUAUAGUAUGUAUUGUAUUCAUACUGACACCAAAAUUUUGUAGUAAAAAGAGAAUAAGUGUUUAGGUUCAAAAAAUUGUGCAGAAUAGUACUUGAGAGUUUUGGUGUGGUGUAAACAAACUAACAAAGCAGGCAUUCAUGAUAAUGUAAGACUCAUCAUCUGAAA